GAAAGAAUACCUGCAACCCUCACGAACGACUUGGCACCUCCUGCAAUUACCUAAUCUGAAAUGGCGAGUAGCUCACAACUGACCAGCACCAGAGAGACUGGGUAUAUCAUCUCAGGCUGCACAGUGGCCGACGGCGAUGCGCUCGCCGCCAACAACCUCCCUGCCUUCUGGGCUGACCCGCAUUUCCGUUUGAACUGGCCGGACCGCAGCCUCGAAUACCACAUUAUUCAGGUUUCAAAGCGCUUCCCCGAUAACUUGUUGACCGGUCGCGAGACCAAGCGUCAUCUGAAAGCUGUUGACCCCGACACUGGUCGCAUCAUGGGGUACGUGCGAUGGAUCCUCCCGGCCGGUUCUGACGCGUCGAUCUGGCCCGAAGCCGUCACCCCGGCUGUCAGCAGAGAUGAUGAAGCUUUCUUCCGCCGCCUCGCCUCGAUGGCCGAUUGGGACUUUGGGGAUACGACCGCCGGUGAUGGGGAGAUAAGUCCGGUCCAGAAGGCCGAGAAUGAGAUCCUGUCCAAGAAGACAUACAUCCAGCUGGACUACUUGGCAGUGCAUCCAGACAACCAGGGCAGAGGCAUCGCCACGCAGCUGGUGGCGAGCGGUCUGAAGGAAGCCGAGAAGAUCGGCCUCGACGUCUACGUCAGGGCAUUCCGUCCCGGGGUCGGUUUGUACCGGCGACUUGGGUUUCUCAUCGAGAAGGAGCUUGUGUUGGAUGAUUCUGAAGAGGGCGGGCCGGGAGAGGUGUACCGAGCCCUCAUGACCUAUGCUGUCGCCGGUGCCUCUGGCACACCGAAUGCUUCUCAAGUCACCCAGGUACUCCCGCAGUAAAUGAAACGCCCGCCUGAAAUUCGGGGUAGUGCUGUUAGUUGCACCAGGAAA